AUGCCACUUAGUAUGCGCACUCGAAAGUCGACAAGGAAAGAUGGCAGGAAGAGAACUUCAUCGGCUGUCUCCAAUUCUACAACGCAGGCUGGCCCUGUUUCAAGCUCUACGAUCCCCGAGAAAAAGACUCCUGCUGGACGGAACGAUACUUCUAAACAAAUCGUGAAGCUGCAGGCGGCUUCACCUUCGCCUUCGCCGCCAACCCCGGAGCCCGUGAAAGAAGUUCCUGAUGUGUUCCAAUUCCUCGAGCAUAGUGAUGAAUCUUCAUCAGCCAUAUCGGAACCUUCAGAAUCCGAAUCAGAGUCGGAAUCUGAAUCUGAAUCUGAAUCAGAUUCCGAUGAUGACAUUCCUGCGCCCCGACCUUCUGUAACGAAAAUCCAGUCACCGAGACCGCGUGCCAACCCCUUACCGCAUGCUAUAUUGACAUCAAAGCCCACCGCUUCUUCAAAGCCAACAAGAUCUCCCGCUGGCGGGGCAUCGAGAACUCCGAGAGAUUUACGUCCUCCAUCAGCGCCGUCACCGCCAUCCGUACCUCCAACAGAUACCCGUUUGGUAAAUAGAAAACCAAUGCCGUCGCCAGCACGAAAUCCCCCUCCAAAGGAGUAUAGCAAACCUCCGGCCGAGUCUCCACCCCCACGAAAGCGCAAUUUGAAGAUAUCACCACCGGAAGAUUUUUACUCAAGAGAUGUUACUGCCAUUCAAAGGUCGCCGUUGCCACCCUCUCCGCCGAGUAGUCCCGAGGAUAGCAUACACCGUGCGUUACAGAGAAGAGAAUCAAAUGCCUCGCAGGUAUCGUCGGGCUAUGAGUUGAUGGCAUCACACCUGACCCAUUCGGCCACAGACGACAAGGGAGCAUUCCCUCCGUUGUACCGACGCUUUGAGAAGUUGAAUCACCGCGUUCUACUCCACCUCCAAGACGAGAUUUCUCAGAUGGAGGAAGACCUGCAAUUAAUGGAUGAGUAUGAGCACCUGCAGCGGAUCGCCACCGCCGAGAAAGAAGGCAACAAGCCCCUACCCGCAGCACGUCGUCUAGACAUACAGACCCAGUCUUAUCCGGAACUGCAUUACAGGCGAAUGGAUCUAAUGGCAGCCCUGAUCCAGAAGACAGAGCAAUAUAAUAACGCCCUCAGCGCAUACAGCAAAGUAGUUCAAACUCUUCCCCGCGCCACAGGCGAUGAUAUCCAAAAUUACCGCUCCUGGAUGAAAACACACAACCCCAUCGCCGCGGCUGAAACCCGCUUCCUGGAUAAAGACGUCGACCUCGUAUCUCUCACACCCCGCCUCGCGGCAUCUGCGGCUACUGCUCCCGUCUACAUGGCCAUCAUGGUCGCUUCGGGGGCUCUUUUACUUCCCCUGCUUGCAUUCAGCAUGAUCGCAGAGUUUUCUGGACGCCUUGUCGUUGUCACGGUUGUUGGCGGUGCCGCAGCUGCGGUUGCAGCGAAUUAUUCGGCCGGUAUCGACACUCUCGUUGAUUCGAGAGAUGGCUGGAGAUGUGCCACACUGUAUUUUGGUUUUAUGGCUAUUGCUGCGAUGUUCAUUCCCUAG